AAUUCCAUCGUCACUUGCAAACCUCACGCAACUUAGCUUUCUCUACCUUUCAGACAGCCAGUUUUCUGGUCUCAUUCCAGCUUCCAUAGGGCUGUGGAUUACGAAAUCUCAACUUACAUGAAAAUCAAAUGGAUGGGCAAUUACCAAGGUCUUUGGUGAAUUGUAGCAAGUUAGAGGUUCUAGACGUUGGCAACAACAACAUAGAGGACACAUUCCCUCAUUGGUUGGAAUCUCUAACAAACCUUCAAGUGCUUGUCUUAAGGUCCAACAAGUUCCACGGUUCUGUGCAGAGCAUCAAAGAAAGCCCAACUUUUCCCAAGUUACGAGUUCUGGACCUCUCCAACAAUGAUUUUCUUGGUCCUUUGCCUAUUCGGUACGUGGAAAAUUUUAGAGCGAUGAUGGGCCCUCACAGAGAUCACGAUUUCCCUGAAUACAUGAUGAUGGGAUCUUAUCAAUAUUCACUAGUAUUGAUAAUGAAAGGAUUCGAGUAUGAGCUGCAUGGAAUCUUGAUCAUAUUCAUUAGCAUUGAUCUCUCAAAUAACAAGUUUGAAGGAGAAAUUCCAGAUGUUAUUGGAAAGCUUAGUUCUCUCAAAGGGCUUAAUCUUCUCAUAACAACAUUACUGGAAACCCUGGACUGUGUGGAGUUCCAUGAUCAAAAUCUUGUGAUGGAAAUGGGACACAACCAAGCUCCUUCCAAGAAAAAGAUGACUUCUGGAGAUUUGGCUGGAGAGUGGUGGUGUAUUGUUUGGAUUGGAGGUGUCGGACGGAUAGGGAGGGGAAGGGAUGGGGACGGAUGGCAAGGGAGGGGGAGUGAGGGGGGCUGUCUCCUUCCUCCUGUUUGGGUUUCCAAAGAGGCAGAGGGGGAGGGAGAUGGACUAAUUCGGACUCUCUUCAAUCACCCUCAAAUCUGCAGAUUUGCAAUCCGCCCGAUUUGAGGGGUUUGGGAGGAAUUUGAGUGACUGUUUAGAUUAGGUUAAAUAUAAUUACAAAAUUAACCUUAAUUUUUUUAUUAUAUCCUUCUCCUUCUUGCCGUAACAACACCAAAACUCUCCUUCUCUUUCUUGCCGGCAACAACACCAAAACAAGAGGAUUCAACAGAGGCCAUAAACCAGUAAGUAUACUCCUUGUUCUUUACCAUAUUUUUGUUUCUCUAUUUUUUAGUUUCAAGUCUGUUGCUGCAUUUGUUUGAGAUUAAUACAUGUCAAUACCAAUU